CUGACUUCCGUUAGUAACACUCCAGGCCGUUUUUUUUGGAGAGAAACACUCCAGGCCGUUGAUCGACUAGUCCUCGUACUAAAAUUGUGAACUAAUUUCGGGUCACGCAUUUCUUCUGCAAACAUCUCAAACCAUAUCGCAAUUGCCUUCGAUCUGGCAGGCGGAGAGUGUACUGGAAUUGGCGGAGCGUCCAUCAGUAGUUCGUGUGAUGGCGGAGGUGACGACUGAAAAGAGCUUGCCUGCUAAUGCUGUUCCGAAGAACAUUCUAAGAGAGAAAGCGGGCACUGCUUCAGAUCCCGAGUUCUUCUGCUGUAUGCUUCAGCCUUCCCCCGUCGAUUCCGAUCCUAUGUAUAUUGGAAUUCGUAGACUUCUUCUCUACCGCAAAGCCGAGUCCGGUAUUCUUAGCCGAAAAGAUUGGAAAAGCAAUGGAAUGGGUUAUGUGUCCUAUCGCAAUUUCAUUAAUCGACCAAGGAAUUGGGAAAGAUUGCAGAUACCAAGCCACUUGAGCACCCCGGGAAACAGCGGGCGUUGGCAACCAUCUCCUUACCGGCUAUCUCAUUGGUUUGAGGCGGACAGCUGGAGUACUAGCAGGGAUCUACGAAGUAUUGGUCAAAGUCAAUCAUUAAGUCGCACUACGAGUUUUAGCUCAAAUGCAAGUGAUAGUGGCUGCCCACGUAAAAAGUCCGAACCUGCAUAUUCCUUUGUUGGGAUGCAUUGCAUCUUUGAUAAAUGCAAGGCCAUGGUUACGGUAAUAAAGUUUGGGCACUUGAGUUCUGACCUGCUAGCGUAUGGGGCAUCGGAUGGGAGCUUGACAGUGUGCACUGUCUCCGCUCCUCCUUCUAUUCUUAAGGAGUUGAUAGGACAUACGAAAGAUGUCACAGAUUUUGACUUCUCGGCAAAUAACCAAUACAUUGCCUCAUCUUCAAUGGAUAAAACUAUACGAGUAUGGGAUGUUUCCAAUGGCCUUUGUGUUAGGGUGAUUUAUGGAGUGUCAUCACAACUAUGUCUACGAUUUCAUCCUGUGAACAAUAACUUUUUUUCUGCUGGGAAUGCAAACAAAGAAAUUAAUUUGUUACGGCGUUGCCUGGCGUCGCGACACUCUAUCGUGCUCGCCAUGGAGGCUAGACAAGCCUUAUGGCUUAUGGCGUCUCCUCAUUGAUGACACAGCGUCCAAGCGACGCCAUAUCCGUCUCAUGGUGCCACAGAUCGUAACCCAGUCCAGACUCAUCACUCAUCAUCUUGCUUGUUCCCGUCGCCUCGCUUGUCAGCAUUGGUUGUCGGCACCCCGAGCAUCUUUUUAUUUUUUCAGACUGGUUCUUUUUUUACUGCAGUGUUCUUUUACUACAGUUCAUUUCGUUUACGGCAGCAGUGGGUUUAACAAUAAUUUAAACUGUAAAAUUUGAUUUUAUUUUCUGAAAACAAAUUUGCUUUCUAUUGUUUUGUAUUAGUAAUUACUAUUAGUAAUUGACAAGUCUUCAUGUCGCAUGUUAAUAAAUUAUGUUGUUUCAAUGGUUAGAUGCUUUACUCCUAUAACUUUGAUAGUCUCUAAUCUUAGUAGUGCUGGCUAUAAGUGUUACAUGUAGUAUAUAAAAUCUACUGCCCCGUCCUUUAUGACUUUUUCCGCCUUUCCUUUUCGGUUGUCCCAAAAACUUUGUCAUUUUCCCUUUUAAUGAAUUAAUUUGUGAUCCUAUUUCUCUCUCCUUUGCACAAAGUUCAACCACACGUUUCUUACUUUAUUAUUUCCUGUGCUGGUCAAACUUGACAAAGUUUCAAUGGACGGAAGGAGUAUUAUUCAUUUAUUAUUGUACUCAUGUCAACGUUGCGCCGUAAUAUUCGCCAUGGCAGGCGCAAUAUCGCCAUGGCAGUCUGGUGGCGCUGUGCAGCGAAACCCCGCCAUAACAAGUACUCCAUCCGUCCCGCUAAGAUCGUCACAUCUUUCCUUUUCGGUCUCCCACUAAGAUUGUCUCAUACUAAAUUUGGUCAAAUUUGUGUGGUUCUAAAUCAUUCUUACUUUAUCAAUGUGAACUAUAUGAACUGUAUUUCAUUAUUAAUGAAUCUUGAUGUAAAGAACUAUACAAGAAGCUAUAUUUAUAGCAAAAACUACAACAUUAGGGUUACUAUACAAGACGGGCUAAGCCCAAUACAACUAGGGUUUCAACACUCCCCCUCAAACUGGAGCAUAUAAAUUAUAUGCACCAAGUUUGUUACAAAUAUAUUGCAUCCUAGGUCCUCUAAGAGACUUGGUUAAAAUAUAUGCAAAUUGAUAUGUUGUUUUGACAUAAUGAGUAGUAAUAUGUCCAUUUGUGAUUUUUUCUCGAAUAAAGUGACAAUCAACUUCAAUGUGUUUAGUCCUCUCAUGAUACACCGGAUUGGAAGCAAUGUGCAUUGCAGCUUAAUUAUCAUUUAUCACACAUUAGCUUGACGAGUUUCAUGCUUCCGUAUUUUAAUUCUUGGAAGAGAUGCUUCAACCAUAAUAUCUCACAUGAAGCAAGGGUCAUUGCACGGUAUUCUGCUUCAACACUAGACCUGGCAACCACAUCCUGUUUCUUACUUUUCCAAGAAAUUAAAUUCCCACCAAUCAAAAUGCAAUAUCCAGAAUUAGAAUGUCUAUCCAUUGGACAUCCAGCCCAAUCUGCAUCACAAUAUCCAACAAUGUCAUUGUGCCCUCGAUCUUCAAAGAGUAAUCCUUGUCCUGAAGUUUUCUUGAUGUAUCUCAAGACUCGGAUAGCUGCGUCCCAAUGUCCAUCACAUGGCUUAUCAAGAAAUUGACUAAGCACACUGACAUCAAAUGAAAUAUCUGGUCUUGUGAUGGUAAGAUAGUUCAACUUCCCAAUAAGCCUUCUAUAUCUCUCUUUAUUGGGCAGGAGGUCACCUUGUUCUGACACGAGUUUGACGUUUGGAUCCAUUGGUGUAUCCACUGGCCUACAAUCCAACACACCUGUUUCCUCAAGAAUAUCCAAUGCAUAUUUCCUCUGUGAGAGCACAAUUCCAUUUCUUGAUUGGGCAACCUCAAUACCAAGAAAGUACUUUAGUUUUCCCAAGUCUUUUGUUUGAAAUUUGCUAAAAAGAUAUUCCUUGAGUUGGGCAAUUCCUUGGUCAUCAUUACCUGUAAUGACAAUGUCAUCAACAUAUACAACAAGAAAGAUACAUUUAUUGCCUGCAGAAUGUCUAUAGAAUAUGGAAUGAUCUACAUCACUCCGAGUCAUGCCAAAACCACGAACAACACUAAAUCUCCCAAACCAUGCACGCGGGAAUUGUUUCAGGCCAUAUAAAGAACGACGUAAUCUGCAAACCAAACCAGACUCCCCCUGAGCAACAAAACCAGGUGGUUGCUCCAUAUAAACCUCCUCAUGUAAAUCACCAUGGAGAAAUGCAUUUUUAAUAUCCAAUUGAAACAAUGGCCAAUGGCUCAUUGCUGCCAUGGAUAAAAAAAUCAGACGAACGGAUGCAAUUUUUGCAACACGAGAAAAAGUGUCAGUGUAGUCUAAUCCAUAGAUUUGUGUAUACCCCUUUGCAACCAGACGUGCUUUGAGACGAUCAAUGUUGCCAUCUGGUCCUACUUUGACCGUGUAUAUCCAGCGACACCCAACAACUGAUUUCCCAAUAGGAAGGGGAACCAAAUCACAUGUUCCACUAGAAUGCAAGGCCUCCAUUUCAGCUAACAUAGCUCGACGCCACUCUGGGUGUGAUAAUGCCUCAUGUGUGGUUUUAGGAAUACAGACACCAGAUAAAUGUGAAGUGAAGGCAAAGUGAGGGUCGGAGAGGCGAUGAUAACUUAAAAAGUUAUAAAUGGGAUGAGGAUUCGAAGUUGAGCGUGCACCUUUGCGGAGGGCUAUGGGCAAAUCAUCAUGAUUGUUUUCUGGCACUUGGGUAGCUGACUGUGUUGGUGUGGGAUCCGGAGUAGGGAAUCAACUGGCGUGACCUCAGAGGACUCAUUGGGUGGAGGGCGAGGGCGUCGUUGAUACACUUGUAAAGGGCGGGUUGUUGGUGGAGAUGGGUCGAUAGGUGCAUCGGUAAGGGGGGUGGAGAUGGGUUUGAGAUAUGGAAGAAAGUCGACACAGGAGGGGGUAUCAUGGAGGGGAGAUGGGUAAUAAAAUGAUGACUCAAGGAAAGUGACGUCAGCGGACACAAAAUGUUUUCUAAGUACUGGGGAAUAACAACGAUACCCCUUUUGAAGACGGGAAUAUCCAAGAAAAAUAGAUUUGAUUGACCUAGCAGACAUUUUGGAUAUUCUUGGUGUGGUAUCAUGGACAAAACAAACACACCCAAACACAUGAGGUGGUAAUGGAAACAGUGCCUGAGUAGGAAACAAAACAGAAUGGGGAAUGGCAUUAUCAAGAACCGAUGAAGGCAUUCUGUUAAUGAGGUGACAUGCAGUGAGAACGUCAUCUGCCCAAUACUGUGGUGGUGAAUGCGAAUGUAACAACAUAGUACGGGUAGUUUCAAUUAAAUGUCGAUUCUUGCGUUCAGCAACCCCAUUUUGUUGAGGUGUAUAAACACAAGAAAAUUGAUGAAGCAUACCUCGUGAUGUCAUGAAUUGAUUAAAGGGACUGGUAAAAAUUCUUUAGCAUUAUCACUACGUACAAUCUUGAUAGAACGCCCAAAUUGGGUGUGAAUUUCAGCCCAAAACUUUUGAAAGAUAUGAAACAAUUCAAGACGUUCUUUCAUUAUAAACAACCACGUGUGACGGGAGAAGUCAUCCACAAAAAUGACAAAAUAACGAAAUCCUAGGGUAGAAUUGACUCGAUACGGACCCCAUACAUCUGUAUGAACUAAAUCAAAAGGGGACGCAGCCCUCUUAUUGACACGUCUUGGAAAGGACUGACGAGGUUGCUUUCCAAGAUGACACGACUCACAAUCUAAAGAGGAAAUACUGGAGAAACCUGGGACCAUAUGUCGAAAUUUGGAAAGACUGGGAUGACCCAAACGAUUAUGUAAGGAAAGUGUUGGUUCAGUGGACACACAAACAACUGGAUCAAGAGGUUGGAGGUGAUAUAAGCCUUGAGAUUCACGCCCGACACCAAUCAUCUUCCCCGUACAACGGUCCUGCACAAUCACAGAGUCAGCAUAAAAGGUUAUAGAACAAUCAAGAGAACGUGUAAUUUUGCUAACAGAGAUAAGGUUAAAAGGGCUAUGAGGAACAUAUAGAACUGAAUCUAAUGGUAAGGAUGAAAGUGGGAGUGCUUGUCCAAUACCCGUAGCCGAAGUGUGAAGACCAUUAGCUAGGGUGAUUAAUGGAAGGUUUUGGUGUUUUGUAAUAUGGGAUAAAAGAUGGGGAUUACCAGAAAUAUGGUCGGAAGCACCCGAGUCAAUGAUCCACGAGCCAGUUGUGUUUGACACAAAUGCUGUAGAAGUACCUGAUGUUGACGAAGUCAAAGUGGACUGCUUAAAUUUCUGAUAAGCAUCAUAUUCGUCAAGAGGUAGCACAACUGGAACUUGUGGGAUUUGAGCAACGUUGGCAGAGCUGGAAGGUUUACCAUGUAACUUCCAACACCUAUCUUUAGUAUGACCCAUCCUAUGACAAAAAUCACACUUGGGGCGAUUACGGCAUGGAUAUCCUUUUUUAUAUUCCCCAUCAUGCCCUGAACCUUGAGAUGCAAGAAUGAUAGAAUCACUUAAGGUGUGUCACGAGAUAUUGGGGCGGCUAGAAGAAUUCUGGCAAAGGCUUCAGACAUUGUAGGAACAGAAGAACUGGAGAGAAUUUGCUCACAGAUUGAUAACAACUCUGGGCGAAGACCUGCUAAGGUUAGAAUCAUAACAAGUUGUUGUCUUUGCUCAAGUUGUUUCUCCUUAUCCUCAGUGAUAGGUUGAAUAUUAUUAUAUUCAAACAUUAAUGCCUCAGCCCAUCCUAGAAACUCUUGAAUGUCCAAAUCCUGUUGUUUGAGCGUAGCAAUUUUGAAACCAAAGGAAAACAGAUUUUGGAUGUCAUUUGUGUAGUUGGCCUUCGCUUUUUCCCAAAUCUGUUUGCAUGUGCGGUAUGAUUGAUAAGUAGGAUGAAGUUUUGGAUCCAUAGAUUGCCAUAACAUGUUACACAAUAAGGCAUCCAUAUUCUCCCAUUCAUUCCGCUUGUCUUUGAUCGUAGCUGCAUCGACAUUCAAGUGAUCAAUUUGACCUUGACCCUUGAACCACAUCUCCACGGAAAUAGCCCAUGAUUGAUAAUUAAUACUUCCGGCUAGUCGAUCGGUGGUAAUAAUUGGAACUGAAGCAAACGAAGAGAAACUUGACAUUUCUGUUUUUUAUUUAUUUUUUUUUUUUUGAUUUUUUUAAGAAAAUAAAAUAUCAGGCAGAUCAGUAAGGUUACUAAUCUGCUCACAAACGUGCAGCGGAACAGUAAGUUAAAACAACACAAAUAUGGAAGCACACUACCAUGACCUUAGAAGAGGAACAAGCAGCGGAACAAGUGUGCUCACGUGUAAGGCAGCGAGGUGGCAGAAGGUCUGGACCGGCGGCACGUUUCUGGCGGCCAGAUCGAUCGGCGGCUGCGCGUGUGAUGCGGCGGCGGCGCGUGUGGUUUGCGGCGGCGGUGCGUGGAGAAGCCUGGGAGUACCGGACUGACUGGUCUAGGUCGUCAGGGACCUAGGUGUCUGAAAAAGAUGUCGGUGUCGCUCGCAGAUGAGUAAAACGGAGAAGAUCUGCAAAAUACUUCAGAAAGCCCUGCGGCGCGUGGCGGCUUCCGAGCUGGUACGGUUUCCGGCGGGUUGGUCGCGAUGGUGCGCUGAGCAAGGCGGUAGGUGUAGAUUUUAUAUAUCACUACCGGAAGUGCUCCAACGCCUAGUGCGGCUACUGUUCACGCCGGAAAUACUCGCUGGAAGAAGACAGUGGCUCUGAUACCAUGUGAACUAUAUGAACUGUAUUUCAUUAUUAAUGAAUCUUGAU